GUCGACUCGUUAAAAAAGCAGGUUGAGGCAGCUCGACGCCCCGGUGCAGCUCCGUGGUAGCGAGUGAUCACAUGCUCAGGGGAUCUGCGACAGAUAAAACUUUUCAUGACGUGACCUUGAAGCCCCCCCCUCCCACACCGACUUCCCUGCCUCGCGUGCCACAUCACAGACUAAGGGAAAUCUCCUGUGCCAGCGCGCGCCCGGAGACUCCUCCGCUCGAGCCAGCGGUAUGAGGCGGUAGCCAACUCAUUUGCGAGCAUUCACCUGGGAGGACCUUUGCGGGCGCACGAGGAUAGGGCCGGGGUGGCAGAACCACGUGGAAUUCGUGGUCUGAUGAAGUCCACUGCCGCACCCCCUCACCCUGCGCUGGAUAGCCCAGCUUUGAACCACCACGUGGCGGUCAAACUUUCUAAUAAUGUGAAGCUCUUACCCAAUGUAUGCGCCGCCAACAGAGGGAAUGUUUAUCUCACGCGCGAGGUUGCCUGAAUUCAAAUGAACGUACAGUGUUAGUUUUACACCGGCGGAGAUGAAGGCAGACGGAGGAACUAUGCACUCGCUCCCGUGGAUAUUGCUCAUAAACUUUUUCCUUUGCUGGACUUCGGCUGACGCACAGAUAGGGUUUGAUGGUCCUCUCUCUGCACAGGAGCAGAUGUACAUCCUUUACGAAAUCAAACUGCAGUGCUACCAGAACCUCUCCAACAUUGACCCAGGGUCCAAAGAUGAGGUGUGCCCUCCAGAAUGGGACGGUCUUAUUUGUUGGCCCCGUGGCUCCCCUGGGCUGGUUACCAAGGUUCCCUGCCCGCCUUACAUCUAUGACUUCAAUCACAUAGGACAUGCUUACAGAGAGUGUGAUGUCAACGGUUCCUGGGUGUUUGUGGACCAUUGGAACAAAACAUGGACCAACUACUCAGAGUGUCUGCGCUUCAUUCAGACCAGUGAUGAGGAAGAGCGACAACACUUCUUUGAGCAGCUGUAUGUCAUGUAUACCAUUGGCUACUCUGUGUCCUUCAGCUCUCUGCUAGUGGCCAUCUUCAUCAUUGGAUACUUCAGGCGUCUUCACUGUACCAGAAACUACAUCCACAUGCACCUGUUUGUUUCAUUCAUGUUACGGGCAGCCAGUAUCUUUGUGAAGGACAAAGUCGUCUAUUCCAGUGCUGGAUUGCAGGACUUUGAUUCUGCCCUGUUGGACAACUUAAAAACAGUUAGCAUAGCAUCAUUGGACAAGUCUAAGUAUAUUGGCUGCAAGGUGACUGUGCUGCUCUUCAUCUAUUUUCUGGCCACCAACUACUACUGGAUCCUUGUAGAAGGCCUCUACCUUCACAGUCUCAUCUUCAUGGCUUUCCGAUCAGACUCUAAAUACCUUUGGUGCUUCACACUCAUCGGAUGGGGUGUUCCAGCUGUUUUUGUGGCAGUGUGGGCGAUUGUCAGGACAACUCUAGCAGAUGCAAGAUGUUGGGAGUUAAGUGCUGGUAACAUUAAGUGGAUCUACCAGGUUCCCAUCUUGACAGCCAUUGGGCUCAACUUUGUCUUGUUUGUGAACAUUGUGAGAGUGCUGGCCACUAAAAUUCGAGAGACAAACGCAGGGAGAUACGACACCAGGAAACAGUACAGGAAACUGGCAAAGUCCACCCUUGUGCUCGUGCUAGUGUUUGGCAUCCACUACAUCAUUUUUGUAGGGGUGCCUUAUACGUUUGAGGGACCGAGCUGGGAGGUCCGCAUGUACUGUGAGCUGUUCUUCAAUUCAUUCCAGGGUUUCUUUGUGUCCAUUAUCUAUUGCUAUUGCAAUGGUGAGGUCCAGACAGAGAUAAAGAAAACAUGGACACGCUGGAACCUGGCCUUUGAGUGGGAGGGCCCAGUGGUCUGCGGCUGCUACCGUUACGGAUCCGAGGUUGUUGGCCUCAACAACCAUAGCACCAGCAGUCAGUCCCACCUGGCUGGGGGUGGGCCUCCCACACGCUCCACCACGGGUCCCCCCGUGAUCAGCAUGCACGCCACUCUCCCAGGUUACGUGAUCAGUCAUUCAGACCCAUCCAUACCUGAAGAACCUGAGGACAGUGGCCCCAAGCAGGUGGACGAUAUCUCACUGAAGGAAAAUCUGCCAGCUCUAAAUAUGAGUGCAACAGCUGAGGAUGAGGAGGAAACACUGUAGCAGCUGUCUAAUGUCAGAAGAGGCUGUAGCGACUUGUGGAAAAUUUUGCAGGUGGAGCUGUGCCAACACAUUACAGCCUAAUGUAACUUGAACUGUGAAGAGGGAAUCAAAGGCAAACAAAAUGUUUGAGUGUAUGUACAGGAAAUGGAAAAAUGUCUUGAACUCCUUUUAGAAAACAGAACUUAAAGUACAAACCGAAUAAGUUAUGAAGUUGAAUGCUAGUUAGCAGCCACAGUGUCUUGAUACUUGAUACUACUUGCCACCACCAAAUUCUGAAUUUUUUUCAAAUUGUACAUACAGAGGCUUUAACAAACCAUACUGGUCAUGGUGAAAAAAUAAAAAUUAUAAAUGUUGAGUGAUUGUCUGACACAGUCUGUGAGCCUGAGCUGCAGGUGUUGACUUUAUACCGUACUGCCUGCACUGGCGCUCAAUGUUCUUGAUUGCAAAUGCAAAUUUUUUGUAUGUGUAUAUUUUUUGUAGGAGACGGGGGUGCAAGGUGCCACCUCAUGUUUCAGCAUGAGCAGGUGUGUUGGUAGGUAGUUUAAGCCAGCUGUUGGCUUGGACCGACCCUCUUACUGAGGACGAUAGCUUAUCACCUUCAGAAGAUUAGGCAUGACACAGAGAUCAGAAGCUUCUGCAGGUGUCUGUAAAUUCAAAAAGAAGCAAAAUUAUCGACUAAACCCUGUUUUUCUCAGGCAGGGCAACACCAUAGUGCCCUCUAUUAUCCAGUGUCCCCUGGAGGCCACUCGACAGGCUGGAAAAUAUGCUGUUGCAUACACAUGUAGCUGUGGUGGUCUGAUUUAUCUCUGCAUUUCCAGUAAAGUGUACUUUUCCCUCUAUUACCUUGACUGUGUUUAACAUAGGUACGACACCCGAGGAUAGUGAUAAGCCACAGUAGGAAGAAAGCACACACAGAAACGUGCAACAGAAAUAUACACAAAAUAUAGGUGAUAAGAGAGAGCUGUUAAAAAAAACAGUGGCAGCACCA